AUGUGUGUGCUAGGGAAGCAAGGUGGUAAAGCUCAAGGUAAAUCGGAGUCUCGCUUCUGUGGAGCAGGCUUGCAGUUUCCGCUGGGUCAGAUACCCUGUCUGAUCCGUAAGGGUAACUAUGCUGAGUGCAUUGGGGCUGCUUCGCCUGUGUAUCUGGCAGCGGUGUUAGAGUUCCGAACGACUCAGAUCUUGGAGUUGGCGGGCAAUGUCUCUCGCGACGACAAGGAGACGCGCGUUAUCCCGUGCUACUUGCAGUUGGCAGUCCGUAAUAAUGAGGAGCUCAAUCUGCUGGGCGGUGUGAGUAUCGCUCAGGGUGGCGUCUUGCCGAUCAUCCACGCCGUGCCGCUGCCCAGGAAGACCGAGAGCCACCAUCACAAAGUGCAGAGCAAGUAA